AAUAAAGAAAUUUCCAAUAGAAAUGAUUAUCUUGACCUAUAUGAAAUAAUUUCAAAGUUUACUAACGGUAAAUGGUUAAUCAUUGGAAAUUCAUUAACAGAUGAUAAUGACAAUGACUUAUGG